UUUUAGAGCCCCGUGAGGAGUUAGCAAGGUAAAGAAACACUAUCUCAUAUUGGGGGAGGAGGGACUCGAAAUGGAACUCGUUUCAAAGCCGAACGCAACUGCCGCAGUGUGGGAGUAUUUUGGAUUCAAACCAAAUGACCGAGGCGAACCGCUGAACCUUUGCGAGCCGGUAUGUCGCAUUUGUCAUAAAAUAGUAGCAACUAAGGGUAGCAAUACAACCAACUUGUACGUGCACCUAAAGCACAACCAUCCAGUAAAGUUUUUCCAGCUGAGGAGGAAAAGUACAACCGGUGGCCCGUCUUCGUCUUCAAGUUCGCGACAGUCCACCGUCAUUGAAACAUUUCAUCGACAGGAAGCAUACAAAAAGGACGGCGCAAAGUGGUGCGCGCUCACAGACAGCGUAGUUCGCUUAAUUGCUAAAGAGAUGCUCCCAUUUAAUAUUGUUGAAAAGCCGGCAUUUCGAAAAAUGUUGCAAACUUUUGAUAGACGGUACGAAAUCCCCGGAAAAACAUACAUAUCACAAACGGCAAUUCCACAACUUUACAGCAGUAUUAAAGAGGACAUACUGAAGGAGAUAAAAGACAUUUCAUUUUACUCUGCUACGUCGGAUAUGUGGUCAAGUUCAAAUAUGACUCCUUAUAUGAGCUUGACCAUUCACUAUAUAGCUGCUGACUGGACCCUGCACUCUAAAUGUUUAGAGACCAGGUAUGUCCCAGAUAACCAUACUGCUAACACCCUGGGAGAAAACCUGAAAUCUGCUUUAGCAGACUGGGGACUGGAUGAGGACAAGCUGGUCUGCAUUACAACAGACAAUGGCCCUAACAUUGUCGCUGCAAUAAGAAAUCUUGGCUGGCCAUGGCUCAACUGCUUUGGCCACAACCUCCACCUUGCUGUUUCCCAUGGUCUAGACAGUGACAAAGAACGUACAGCACGUGCCAUAGGACUCUGUAAAAGUUUGGUCAACACUUUCAACCUGAGCUUCUUUAAAAAGAGAGAUCUGAGGAAGGCACAGAAUGAAGCUAAUCUCCCUCAGCACAAUCUCAUUCUGGAUGUUGUCACACGAUGGGGCACUAAACAGAAGAUGAUCGAGAGGGUGUUGGAGUAA